AUGUUACGACACUUUAUCAGAGAGAGUUUCUUUGGAUACUGCUACGAACAGGUGACCGGAAAAUAUCUAUUUGCAAGUUCAGCACCUCAAUUAAAGUGGGAUGAUGAUUCCAUAGAAACUCUUGAAGGAGCCUCCUCAAAAGAGAUCAAUAGUAUUGGAUGGGAUGGACCUGAUGAUAAAGAAAACCCUUACAACUGGUCAAUGGCAGCAAAACUCUUCGUUGCUGUCCAGCUUUCCCUUUUGCAAUUUUCAGUAUACAUGUGUGCGGCAAUCUACACUCCUGGUGCCGAAGAGCUCAUGAAAGAAUUCGAUAUUAAUUACACUUUGGCAAUGCUUCCGUUGACAGUUUAUGUCAUUGGUUAUGGUAUGGGAACCAUGAUCUUUUCCCCAUUCUCGGAGAACCCAUUAAUUGGUAGAAAUUCCGUUUACGCUGUCACAACGUUCAUAUUCGUUGUGUUGCAAAUCCCAAUCGCUUUGUCCAAGAAUAUUGCCCUGUUUGCUGUUUUAAGAUUUUUAGCGGGAUUCUUUGGUUCGACUCCAUUGGCAAAUGUUGGUGCUUCUUUUACAGACAUGGUAAGUGCUCCAUUCAUGCCCGUUGGUCUCGGUGUAUGGGGAGUGGUUUCUCUCUCAGGACCAGCCUUGGGUCCAUUUUUCGGAUCUUUACUUAUAAACGAGAGAAACUGGAGAUGGACUUUCUGGUUUACUUUGAUCGUGUCUGGAAGCACCUUGUGCAUCUUAGUUUUUUUCUUGCCUGAAACUCAUGCCGAUACUCUACUCUAUCGCAAGUACAAGCGGAUCGUGAAACAAACUGGAAAAACCGAUAUUUAUUGCGAAGCAAAGGAAAAGAUUAAUAAGGAUGUGAUGGCUUCACUCAAGGAAAUGCUUUGGAGACCUUUGGUUAUUUCAAUUGUUGAACCUGUGGUGCUCUUGAUCAACAUCUACAUUUGCUUGGUAUACUCGGUAUUGUAUCUUUGGUUCGAGGCAUUCCCUAUAGUGUUUUCCGAAGUGCAUCACUUUACAAAAGUACAAACAGGAGCAUGUUACCUCAGUUUGUCCGUUGGAGUUGGACUUGGUACAAUUCCCUACUUGAUUUACUUGUACAAAAACUAUACCAAAGCUUUGCUCCGUGGUGAUACGGUGUAUCCCGAGGUAUUUAUUCCGUUAUCUAUCGUGGGAAACCAGCUAAUGACUGCUGGAAUCCUCAUUUUUGGCUGGACAGCUUCUGCAAAAUUACAUUGGUUCCCUCCUAUGAUUGGAGCAGCGCUUUGCGGUGCCAGUAUGAUUAUCAACUUCCAGUCUUUCCUCAACUACUUGGGUAUGAGUUUCCCCAGAUACGUCGCCUCGGUGUUUGCUAGCAACAAUUUGGUUCGUUCCGUCGUUGCUGGUGUAUUUCCAUUAUUUGGGCGAUCUUUAUACAAGAAUCUCAGCACUCCAAAUUAUCCUGUUGCAUGGGGUGCAUCCGUUUUGGGUUUCUUGUCGCUAGCCAUGAGUGCUAUUCCGGUUUUGUUCUAUCUCAAUGGGCCAAAAUUACGUGCCAGAUCAGACUACGCUGGUUAG